CUUCAACUCAGAAACAAAUUGCAUGUACUAGCGAAGGAUGAAAAUGAAGAGUUAUUCUUUCAUUCUUCUGUUUCUUCUCAUUAUUCUUAAUGUCCUUGCAGCAGAGACAAAGGUUUAUGUGGUAUACCUUGGGGAGCACAGUGGGGGGAAAUCUUUGAAAGAAAUUGAAGAUCACCAUUGCUCCUUUCUCCUUUCUGUAAAGGGUUCCAAAGAAGAAGCUACAGCCUCUCUAGUUCACAGCUACAAGAACGUUAUUAAUGGCUUCUCGGCUUUGCUUACCCAAGAAGAAGCCGACAGGAUAUCAGAAAUGGAAGGUGUUAUUUCGGUGUUUUAUAGCCAUCCCAGAAAAGUAAAGCCUCAGACUACUCGAUCUUGGGAUUUUGUCAACUUAUUAGAAGCAAUAAAUGGUAGUCCAACCGGCAGAGAGGAAUUGUUGCGUAAAGCAAAUAGUGGAAAGGAUGUAAUUGUUGGUAUGAUGGACACGGGUGUAUGGCCUGAGUCUCCUACUUUCAGUGACCAAGGUAUGGAGCCAGUUCCUCAUUCAUGGAAAGGAAUGUGCCAAGAAGGUGCUGCCUUCAACUCAUCUCAUUGCAACAGGAAACUAAUUGGAGCACGAUACUACCUAAAGAGUUACGAAGCCAACUUCGGUCGUCUCAAUCAGACCAUAGACUUCAAAUCGCCGAGAGACGCUAACGGCCAUGGAACUCACACGGCUUCAACCGUGGGCGGCCGUAGAGUCCCAAACGCCGCCGCCCUCGGCGGCUUCGGCGACGGGACUGCCUCCGGUGGGGCCCCACUGGUGCGCCUCGCCAUCUACAAGGUUUGCUGGAGACUUCCCAACAACCAAACCGUAUUGGAAGAAGAAGUGACGUGCCUCGAUGACGACAUUCUUGCCGCAUUCGACCAAGCAAUCUCCGAUGGCGUCCAUGUGAUCAGCGCGUCCCUGGGAUCUAUACCUACCGGAGGGUAUUACAAAGAAGAUGGCGUGGCCAUCGGAGCGUUACAUGCAGUGAAGCGUAAUAUUGUGGUGUCAUGUAGUGCCGGAAAUGAUGGACCCACGCCGUCCACGGUGGGUAAUGUGGCGCCGUGGAUCAUCACGGUGGGUGCAAGCAGUAUUGAUCGAGUUUUUUCCUCGCCUUUAAAGCUAGGAAACGGCAUGAUCGUUGAGGGACAAACAAUCACUCCUAUUGGAAGAAGAAAAAUGCUUCCAUUAGUUUACGCUGGCAAUGUAGAAAUUCCCGGAACGACCAAUAGCUCUACCACAGGGCUGUGCAUACCUGGUACCCUUUCAAGAAACCUCGUAAAAGGAAAGAUUGUGGUUUGCCGGAGAACUCCUACCAUAUUAGCAUCGCAAGAGGUGCAAAGAGCUGGCGGCGCUGCUACCAUACUAGGAAAUCUAUACAACGAAAUACAAGUUGAACCUUUUCUGCAUCCCACAACUGUUGUUUUCAGUUACGGUUUAUUUGCAAUCCUCAAAUACAUUAGUAACGAUGAGAAUCCGAUGGCAACUCUUCUCCCGGGGGAGACAGUUCUGGGGACCAAGCCAGCGCCUGUCAUGGCUUCUUUCACCUCCUUAGGCCCCAACAUCAUCGAACCAAACAUUCUCAAACCGGACAUUAGUGCGCCUGGAUUGAACAUAUUAGCAGCAUGGAGCGAGGCAUCGUCUCCCACAAAUGUGGCAUUUGAUAAUCGAGUGACAAAGUACAACAUAAUAUCGGGAACUUCGAUGUCUUGUCCGCACGUUUCUGCCGUAGCUGCCCUUCUUAAGGCCAUUCAUCCCGAUUGGAGCAGUGCUGCCAUAAGAUCAGCCCUCAUGACCACAGCAACUACUAAUAAUGUGGUAGGGGCACCAAUAGUGAACGCAACAGGAUAUGUUGCCACGCCAUUUGAAUACGGUGCAGGGCAUAUUUUGCCAUCAAAAGCCAUGGAUCCUGGACUAGUCUAUGAUGCAAGUUAUACUGACUAUCUUCUCUUCCUUUGCAAUAGAGGCGUCACUCUUGAUUCUUCUUUCAAGUGUCCCAAACACACACCAUCAGCAAGUAACUUUAACUAUCCAUCAUUAUCAAUAGCCAACCUCCGAGGAUCCAUGACAGUUAAAAGAACCGUCACUAAUGUCGGAAAAGGCAACUCAACAUACAUUGUCACAGUAACACCGCCGUCAGGGUAUGUUGUUGCUGUUUCUCCAAUGACCUUAAGGUUUAGUCGGGAGGGAGAAAAGCAAAGCUUCAAUGUAACAAUUAGAAUUAACAGUGUUAAUAGGAAGAGAAAUGGGUUUGCCUUUGGUUGGUACUCAUGGACGGAUGGGGAUCAUGUUGUGACUAGUCCAAUUGCAGUAUCAUCGGCAUAAGGUGAUACAUUAUUAAUUAAACUUGAGUAAAGAAAUGAAAUGUAAUAAUGAGAGCAUAGUGUACUUUAAUGGAUUAUUAAUCAGGAAUAAUGGUUAAUGAAAA